AUGAGUAAACCGAGACAUAAUCUCGAAAAAUUUUCUUGUACAACAUCACGCUUUCUUUUGCUAACAUUUCGUCGUCCAUGUUAUCGUCAAAUAAUUACAACAAAUACUAUAUGUGAUCCAGAAAAAGAAGUUUUUUCAAAAUGGUCUGACGAAGAUGGAGGAUGCUAUAAUAUGAUUAACGCAGCUCUUCUUAAUGAUGACUAUCAAGUAUUGAAAAAUCAUGUACAAUUUAUCAAUAGUUUAAGAAUGGCAAUUAAAAAUAAUAAUGAAAAUGAAUCUUUUAAAGUUUAUCGUGGAUUACCUCUUGAUCCUGAGCAUGUAAAAAAAGAAUAUAAAGUAGGUUUACAAUUUUUAUAG